AUGAAUCGCUUCACCAAUACCAAUCCUUUUGCCGGAUGGUACAAUGGGCAGUCUUCCCCUUCGAUCUACGGCGCUCUGCCCUACGCCACGCCACCACCCGCUGCAAAUCUGGUUACAUUCUAUCUCACGUCGUUCAAUCCCGAUCUGUUCAACUGCACUGUCAUUGGACCUUCACAACGUCCAACCCACUAUAUCGUUACAGACCCUCAACAGCCGGGAUACACAAUAGUCAGGGAUGCUAAAGGGAAAAGCCUUGCACUUGUUGAAUGGCAAGCUCACCCUCUGGUCGAGGUACGAGGCGUCAUGUCCAAGCAGUACGUCAAAGAUUGGAUAUCCUUAUCCCCAGACAAAUGUUCACGGAAAAUGACUGUUUCCGAGAAACGAUAUGUCUGGGCUCCCGACGAUAAAUCCAUUAACUUGUACACGGGUAACGGGAACCCACAGUUUCUCGCACGAAUCACAAGAGGUCACAAUACAAUUACACUCGACUUGACUGGCGAAGCACUGCACUCGGGUCUUCUUGACGUUGCUGUGACUGCAACUUUGCUAUUGCAAUGUGGGCGCAAUAUCGACUGA